AUGAGUGCCUUGACCACCGCGACGACGUUUUUCCCGAGCUCGUUCCAGCUCAAAUUGGCGAUCGGAAGCCGAAGACACCCCGUGUCUUUCUAUCGAGUCCGCCUUCAAAAUGUUGGUCGGGGGCGUGUGAGUUUUGUCUCGCUGGUGGUUCGGAGUAGCGCCGCCGUCAGUGACAACGGAUCUGAACGGCUUGGUUCUGGUAAUUCGUCGUGGAAUAAUUUGGAUUCACCGUCCGAUGGUUUCUCUGGUUGGGCCAACGCCGAUGCUGAUCGGCAGUCUGGUGAUCCCAAGCCUAAGCGAUCGCUUGUAGGAAUACUUGGGGCAGGAGCCGUUGGGGCUGUUAUGGUUGCUGGCUUGAUCGCCGCUGCAAUGUCUAUGAGUAGGAAGAGAGCUCCAAUUAAAACAGAAAUGGGGCCUUUGACAACAAAACAAGAAAUGCUACUAUCUUCUGAUGACGGCCCAAAUCAAGUUCAAGACGAUAAAGUUGGGAGGUUGGAGAGCAGUAGUGAGGCAAGCCCGAUAGGUACAAAUGGGGAUCCUUCUCUAUAUAUUGAAAAUAAUGAAACUAUUGGAGCGAAACUUAGUGAUAACACUGGUCUGAUGAGCCAGUCCCUGGAGGAUGGUGAUGGCUAUGUUCCAACAGAUGUCCAAAGGGAAUCAGCUACUGAUGACAGUUUGGUUUCCCUUGAAGCCCCAGAUAAACCACCGUCUUCUAAUGUCACUGAUGAUCUACUAGCUUUCCAGAGUAACAAUGGCAAUACACCUUCUGUCUCAGGACCAUCUGUAUUCGAUGCCAAUUUAGAAAAUUCAACGACUGAGAAUCCAAAUGGUGUGUCUAGCUUGAAUGAAAAGGAAAAUGGCUUGCCACAAGACCCUUCUUUUCCUGAGACUUCUAUAUUAAAUAUCUCAAUCAAAUCUCAAUUGGAUACAGUUAUUGAAUCUGGCAAUAUCCAAGAAGAGUUUGUGGGGUCUGGAAGUGUUCUUUCAGCAAGGGAUGUUGAACGUAGCCAAGAUCUUUUAACAGUGGAUGUUGAUCCACUUUUGGAGGUUUCUGUUGAUGGAGAUGAUAAAUCUCCUGCCACUAAAAAUCUGAAUGGAAAUUCACCAGUUGGAGCACCUUUGGCACCAGAAGUAGCCUAUCGAUCUGGAAAUGAACGCCACGAAAAUGAGUUCAAUGAUAUAAAUGUUGUCCAAUCCUUUUUUGACUCUACGGAUCCUGGCAACUUCUUCACUUCAGCUGGCAUACCAGCUCCAUCUGCACCUCUGAAGCUUCCGACUGGAAAGGUUUUGGUACCUGCUGUUAUCGAUCAACUCCAAAGUCAAGCAUUUUCUGCUUUGCAAGUUUUAAAGGUGAUUGAGGAUGGUGUUCAACCUGGAGAUUUAUGUACUCGUCGGGAGUAUGCUCGUUGGUUGGUUUCAGCCAGCAGUUCCCUUUCCAGGAACACAACUUCAAAAGUCUAUCCUGCUAUGUACAUUGAAAAUGUUUCUGAACUUGCAUUUGAUGACAUUACACCAGAAGACCCUGAUUUCUCAUCCAUUCAAGGCUUGGCAGAAGCUGGCCUUAUUGCAAGCAAGCUUUCUAGACGUGACAUGCAAUUAACUGAUGAUGAGGACCCCAGUACUUUGUACUUCUCUCCUGAAAGUCCUGUAUCUCGUCAGGAUCUUGUGAGUUGGAAAAUGGCCUUAGAGAAAAGGAAGCUACCAAUAGUUGACCAAAAGAUCAUGCAGCAGGUAUGUGGUUUCAUAGACAUUGACAAGAUUCACCCAGAUGCAUGGCCAGCACUUGUAGCUGACUUAGCUGCUGGUGAACAGGGAAUUGUAACCUUAGCAUUUGGAUACACUAGACUUUUCCAGCCUGAAAAACCUGUGACCAAAGCACAAACCGCCAUUGCACUCUCGACGGGCGACGCCUCUGUCAUUGUCAGUGAAGAACUCGCACGAAUAGAAGCCGAGUCCAUGGCUGAGAAAGCAGUCACUGCACACAAUGCUCUAGUCUCUCAAGUGGAGAAAGAUCUCAACACAAGGUACGAGAAGGAGCUCUUACAAGAAAGAGAAAAAAUCAACGUGGUUGAGAAAAUGGCCGAGGAAGCUAGGAAAGAAGUCGAGAAAUUGAGGUCCUCAAGGGAGGAAGAAAGACUUUCUUUGAUGAAAGAACGUGCGUCUGUUGAUUCAGAAAUGGAGAUUCUUUCUCGGUUAAGGCGGGAGGUUGAGGAACAGUUGCAAAUGCUUAUGGCUGAUAAGUUGGAGAUCUCGUACGAGAAAGAAAUGCUGAACAAACUCCGCACAGAUGCAGAAAAUGAGAAUCGGGAAAUAGAACGGCUACAGUACGAGCUGGCAGUUGAGCGGAAAGCUUUGUCCAUGGCUAGGUGA